AUGCCCCUCAAACAGUCGAAUUACAUAAAGGGAAGCCUUAUCAAAAGAAGCUUCCCUUUCCGUCAACAAAAUCGAGGCUGGAAUGCUAUGAAAUUCAAGCGGAUAUUGGGAGAACGGCGCAGGAAUAAUACGGUGAAAAAGAAGAGAAUUAUUAACAACCACAAAACUAUAUUACGUGAAUAUCCCAUAAAGGUCGGAUAUGCGAGGGUUUCAACUGACUGCCAAAAGAUGGAUUUGCAAUUUGACGCACUGAAGCAAGCAGGAUGUGACCGCAUUUUUACAGAUCAUGGUAUUUCCGGUGCGUCUAACGAACGACCGGGUUUGCAGCAAGCGAUGGAUAUACUCCAACCAGGUGACACGCUCAUCGUUUGGCGUCUAGAUCGCCUCGGACGCUCACUUGUGCAACUGGUUGAGCAUGUGAGCAGCCUCGGCAAUCAAGGGAUCGAAUUCAAGUCGUUAACGGAAAGCAUUGAUACCGCUUCGCCUGGCGGAAAAUUGCUAUUUCACAUGAUUGCGGCGCUCGCAGAAUUUGAACGCUCGCUCAUCAGUGAAAGGACAAAAGCAGGAAUGGCAGCAGCGAAGCUCAGAGGUAAGCAUAUAGGGCGUCCCAAAAAGAGUAAAAUUAGCGGUAUGGCUUCAACAAACCACAGAAAAUGA